AGGCGGCGGCGGCGGAGGGGGGAAGAUGGCGGCGCCCGUCCUCCUGAGAGUGUCGGUGCCGCGGUGGGAGCGGGUGGCCCGAUAUGCAGUGUGCGCCGCCGGGAUCCUGCUCUCCAUCUACGCCUACCACGUGGAGCGGGAGAAGGAGCGGGACCCCGAGCACCGGGCCCUCUGCGACCUGGGGCCCUGGGUGAAGUGCUCCGCCGCCCUUGCCUCCAGAUGGGGUCGAGGAUUUGGUCUUUUGGGUUCCAUUUUUGGAAAGGAUGGUGUAUUAAACCAGCCAAACAGUGUCUUUGGACUUAUAUUUUAUAUACUACAGUUAUUGCUUGGCAUGACAGCAAGUGCAGUUGCAGCUUUAAUCCUCAUGACAUCCUCCAUCGUGUCUGUGGUGGGGUCUUUGUACCUGGCCUACAUUCUGUACUUUGUGCUGAAGGAAUUUUGCAUCAUCUGCGUCAUCACAUACUUGCUGAACUUCAUUCUUCUUAUCAUCAACUACAAACGACUAGUUUACUUGAAUGAGGCCUGGAAACGGCAGCUGCAGCCCAAGCAGGACUGACAACCCAAUGAACUUUUAACUGACAGUCUGAAGUCCCUCUUUCCAUUAAGUUUAUUUUGCAGCAUUUUUUUUUCAAUUCUUUACAACAGACACUUCCCCUAAGAAUCUUAAACUGAUUUUUUUAAAUCCUGUAAAUUAGAAGGGGCCCUAGCUAUUUUGUGUCAAUCUUCAGUUUAUGGAUACAAAGGAUAUGCCGAGCCAAUCAAAGACAAGCUUUAACUUUACUUUGAAGAUAUUUCUGAAAUAAUAAAAUGUAGCCCUAACCCCCUCCCCCAAAUUGUAGAGUGAGCAACCAUUGUUAGUAAUUCUCUAAUGUGUAUAAAUUCAAUUUCAGGUAUAACAAAUGUGAUCAUGACAUGAAAAUAUUUUAGAAUAGAUACUGUAUUAAAUAUUGCCAUGUUUACAAUAUGUAAUAUGUUUUUAGCCGAUGGAUUUAAACAUGUAGAUUCAACUAGAAUCCAUUUAUGUGAUAUUUGUAAAUAAAGGUAGAAAUAUUGGAUCCAUCCCUGCAGAACUUACUGUACAGUUAAAGUAUAGCAAUGAAGAAUUGUCAGCUCAACACUGAUAAAACAGCGAAAAUAGUAAGUCCAUACAGAUAGCCUCUUGUGAGAAGUACUGACAGCAAAAAUAAUAGGGUGAUUGAUUGCCUUUCAUCUCCCUCCUCUGAAAGGAAGAAACUAAACUGGGAUGUUCAAGUCAAGCUUGUGUCUAGUCCUAAAACGGGACUGAUUGUGACCUUACAGGGAGAGUCAUGUAACCACACUUUCAAGUCCAUGGCCUUCAGGACACUAAUGAUGGAAAAAAAAUGGGUGGAUUUCUUUUGAGAAAAGCUGGGAGUAUUAAUAUGGUGUUUUUAGAUAAAGUCUCUUUACAGCAGUUGAAAUUUCACACAGGUAUCUUUCCUUAGUAUUGGUGCCAGUCAACCAAACAGUAUUAUGACUUCAAAAUAACCAGUAUCAGCCCAAGCAAGCCAGAGUAAGAUUGCUGUCUUUGGUGGCUCCAUAGUGCUUCCCAUAAUUGUUUCAUUCUGCACCAACUAAUCAGAUGUCUAGCCUAACUGGCUGAGAGUCACGUAUUGCAUUUGGAAUCUUUAGGGCUGAUGCGCUGCUCAGUUUGCUCAAUCAGGUAGAAAUAUCUAAAGGUGAAAUACAGUAACAUGGUCAUUACUCUUUUUAAUAAGGAAGUGCAGUAAGAAGAAAUUUUUUAAGUGAUUUGAAUAAACACAAAUGAAUUGUGACAGUAUGUUUCUGUGGUUACCAUCUUACAUCAGAAUGUUCCAAGUGCCUUCUGUCUUAAAUUCUCAAACCAAAUAUUUUGUGUGUUGAACUUGGGCAGAAGUGUCCUUUCUUCCUUCCUUUCUUCACAUGAAAUGGAGAACUUGCAUUCUGUACGAAAGGUUUUUGUAUGAUCGUUUUAUUCCUUAGAUUGAGACAUAGUAGCAAUGUUUUUGCUUCCAAUUAGAUUAAUUAUUAUGUUAAAAAAUAGUCAAUUAGACCAGUAACAUUUGAGUGCUUUAUUUGCCUUCCUUUUGAAGGGAGGGGACAGGCUCUGUAAACUAAAAUGCGUAUAGUCAGCAACUGUUCAGUAAUUUUCCACCUAACUGUCGUAAUUGAUGCAAUGUAGCCUUCUGGCUCAGGGUAGGUAUAAAAUUUGAAUUGUAAUGUACUUUUAACAAGUUUUAACCAGUUUCUUAAGAGAGCGCUUAAUACAGAAUUCAUCCAGACUUAUGUUUUCCCAUGAAUGUGAAUAUUUCAAUGCCUGUUUUAUUAUGUGUGUAUUGUUCUUGUAUUCUAAAGUAGUUAAGGAACUCAAGAAAGCACUGGCAGGAUGUCUGGUGUUUAUGGAGAAACAAGUCCUAACGCUUAUGAGCUGUGCAGUGAGGUCACCUGGUGGCAGCAGGGCUUCCGAUUCUGCCCAGGCAGCUUACUGGUUCUGUGGGAUAGUCUGACAGUUAAGACCUCUGUGGUAUAUGUAACAUUGGUUGUGCAGCACUAAACAGCUCCUCGUGUCCCAAUUUCAAAUGGUUUUCAUCAUUUUGUAUCAAUCAGCAGAGUACAGUUAAAGCUUGUCUUGAUGUUGCAUUUUCACAGAUGUCAACUUUUACAUGAGAAAACGUAAAAAUGUUCAGUCCAGCCCUUCCAAGUCUUUCUUUUGCUUUCCUAGGCCUUGGGGAAAACACCACUGUUUCAGUUGUAUACAAAUUGUUUUGCCACAUUCCUAUGAACCUGUAGAAUGACCAUCCUUUUUCUCACUGAGAGAUGAACACGUGCUGCCUGAAAUAACAGCAUGGUAAUGGCGGAUCUCAGUAAGCCAUAGAAUCCUGUUGGAUAAUAUUUGGUAUUUUUUCCCUGGAAGAAUUCAAGCCCCUCCAUACCCUCCAUUCCACCCUAGAAGAGGGGGAGAGCCCUAGGUUGUAAAAUUUGAGGGUUAUGGUUGUUUUAGAUUGAAUAUUUAAGCACUGCAAUGUUACUACUAGCCACCAUCUUUGAAGGAUACAUUAAGGGGGAAAAGUGCAGUUUUUAGCAGCAAUUCCAUGCUUUGUGUUUUUAAGUGAUUCACAACAAAAGAAGCCUAUCAAACUUGAUAGUCAUAAAUGGCAUUUGAAGAAACAAGAGAAGUUUUGGUUAGAUGAUUAAAUUCUGGGAAAGUUAGGUGGUUUGGAGGAUUUCAUUUGUUUUUUUAUUGCAGCUAGUUGCUAUCACUGAGGGUAAAACUCUGGUGAAAUAAAACUCAGGUUUAACUAGCUGUGUGCCAGGAAUUACAUCUUUACUUGAUAUAUGUAGCCUCCCCUUAAAUUCAUUACUUUUAAAGAAUGUUUAAAGCAUUGGCUAUUUUCAUACAAAGAGUUGUCAUUUGGGUACAAGGGAUCUUUGGACCUCCUACCAGGUAGGAUGUAGGACCAAGACUACAAUGAAAUUAAAACUCUUUGUUGGCUAGUUGGCUUGGUUUUCAUUUGUAUUUAUUUUCAAAAAACGAUCAGCAAAAGUGCAAAGUUACCUUCAGCAGUUACUUCACAACUAAAUCAGUAUUUGAUAAAUGCCAACAGAGAAACCCACUGUCAUCCUUGGUAACCCAUUUGGGGUGAUCUGUCUAAUAUGUAGCCUCUGUCCUCAUGCAUUUUACCCCAACGCACAAGAACUGUUGAAAUAUUCUGACAGAAAUUUUAGGCAGCAGUUAUGAUUCCUGAUUUGUGAGAACGACCCUUCAAAACAACAAAAGGGGUGGGGGGUGGGGUUCCAGGAUACUUGGUUAAGCAUUUUUUUUUGGACAAAUUAGCCCAGAAAAGGUGAAAUUUUUUUUACCGUAAAACUGUAUUAAGCAUGACCUAAUUAUUGGGUGUUUGAUCUGUAUAGUAUGUCCCAUCAAAAAUAUUUAUUACUAGUACUUUAAGCUCCAGAGUAAACAUUCAUUUAAAAUGGAGUUCACUGGGCAGAUUUCUCCUUUAAUAUAGAUAAAAAUAUUCUUUAUCAGAGGUUUAGGACACAGUUUUGCUAACUAGUAAAUAAAAACAAAUGUAAAUAUGUAAGAAUGUUUAUUUGUUGCACAUAACCUUUUUGUUAUAAAAUAAAUGUAGAAGUUACCUGUGGAAA